UGUGGUUUCCAGAUCUGAUGAGCCGCUGCCUCCAUCUGCACUGUACUUUCUUCAGCUCUCUCCUCCGGACUUCUGACUGAUCUGAGACUCUCUCGCUCAGACAGACAGACACACACACACACACACACACACAUACACGCAUACACACACACACGCAUACACACACACAGAUCCACACACUCCUGCUUUGUGAGGCUCCUGUUCCUGUAGCUCUGGUACUGCUCUCCUGUCUCAGCAUGCAGCUCCUGGUGGUGUUAGCUGCUCUCAUGGGGGUUCUGUUCAGUGUUAGAGCAGCUGCCGUGCUUCCUGUGGACGAUAGGAGCCCCAUCCAUGUGAACAGGGAGUUGAGCAAAGAGCGGAAGGAGCUGAUCCUAAAGCUGGUGUCGGGCUUGUUGGACGGAGCUCUGGACACCAACAUGCUGCCAGGGGAAGCGGCACCUGUGGAUUUCGAGGAGCCGCUGGAGUCUCGCCUGGAGGAGAGGGCUGUCUAUAACAGGCUAUCGCUGCCUCAGCGCGAUCGCAAAGCCCCCUGUAAAAACUUCUUCUGGAAAACUUUCACCUCCUGCUAACAGUGCCCGAAACCGCCCGGCCAUGCCCUCUCCCCCUACUCCCUCCAUCCCCUCCACAUAAACUGCCGUAGACCUCAGCUGUGCAUCAUCUACACCUGUGCAGCAUCGAUGGACUUCACUGAGACAGUGUGUCUGUUUGAAAAUUAACUAUUUAUGUAUACAAUAUAUGUAUUUAUGUAUCAGUAACAGUCACUUUCAGGGUCAACAGUAAAGCAUGGAUAUAAUAUUGGAGAUUGUAACUAGAGUUAAUUGCAUUUGGAAACAGUAAAAAAAAAAAUGAAGAUCAUAUUUUUCACCUGCUUCUACAUAAAUGCAAAGUCAAAUUUCAUGCAAAAAAUUGAGGCUGUAUGUUUUUUGUUAUUUUUUAUUUUUUACUUGGAGCAAUUACAGGCAUUAACACUGUAGAAAUAUGUUCAGGGUUUGAUGUGCAAAACAUGGAUUUCUCUCUACAUAAAGGAUUUGUGGUCAUAAAUGGCACACGGAGGACACUGUUGUUCCACCCUGUAUUAAAAAACCAGUCAAUAAGAUUGUUUCUGUUAUUUUCACUUUAUUGGAAAAAGCAAAAUAAUAUUC